ACUGUCUCAUCCCACAUUUGUUGUUCGUGACUUGAUCUUCAACCGUCUUGUAUGGUAACUUUGGUCCCCCUUGCAAAAGGGAUUUUGACCUCAAUGGGGUAUUCCAAGUUAAAUAAAGGUUAGGAAAAAGAAGCCCAUGGGCAUAUAAACUGUCCUCAAAGGUACGGUACUUUUCCAGAGUACAGCCCUGCCUCCUUUUAGCCCGGCCCCCACAUCCCAUGAGCAAUGUUUUGUUUACAAAUGUCAGCCACGUGUGUGCGGCUGGUAUAAAACUCCCACAGUCAUAUCUACAGUUUCACUUUUGAGGAAUAUUCAUGCAUCCACUGAGAGGAGUUUACAGGAAUAGCAGUUUCAAGGUUGUGAAGCAGAUGGGUUUUAACGGGGCAGAUUUGCCACGUAAAUGUGGACUGUUCUGUCUGGGACCCCUGGCUUUCCACACCGGGGCUGUGGGGGACAGGAUCACCUUAACCUGUGGGGCCAGGUGUGCAGAGAGAGCUUGGGAUACCUUCCGGAAUGGUGUGGUCUUCAGCAACCGUCCGGUGCGGGUCAGGGAGAAGGUGCGACUGCGAGUGGACCGCAGCACCAGUCACUGGACAGGGGCACUUCGGGUGGGCUUCACCACCAUCCAGCCGGCCCACGGGCCCCCAGCAGACAUGGCCAUUCCCAACCUCACCAAACAGCCUGGGUACUGGGCCGUCCCUUUGCCUGAGGAUUGUGCCUGGCCCGGCUCCGAGCUACAGUUCUGGGUCAACCGGAAGGGUAGGCUGAUGUACAGGGGGCAAGAUGGCCAGAAGUACCAGCUGCUGGUGGGACUGGACAUCAGCAGGCCCCUAUGGGCUAUGAUUGACUUGUAUGGGCAGACCUGCACUGUGGCUUUAUUAGGCUCAGAGAAAAAGUGUCUUUUUGGCACCAAGAAGUCCUGCCCCACCUUUGCCCUGCCCCCUCCCUCCCAUGGAGACUGCUGGUCAUGUAAGAAAAGCCCACCAUCUCCUGAACUGUUUGAGAACAACCAUAGUCGCUGUCCUUCUAUCAUUGACAACCAACGGACAGAGGAUUUCGACACACUGGAGGACUGCGUUGUCUGCAUGUCCAGGGAGGCCUGUGUCAUCCUGCGCUGUGGGCACCAGUGCCUGUGCAUGUCAUGUGCCAAUAGAGUUGUGACAGAUUUUGGAACCUGCCCACUUUGCCGACAGCCCAUCACGCAACGGCGGAUCAAAUCCAUGCAAAUUACCUGAGACUGCCAGGUAGCUGCUGAAGGACUCCAAAGCCAUAUGGCACAAUCUGAAGAUGAACCAGACCAUGACGUACUUUGGCAUUGUGUGGCAGUGACUGAAAUGUUUUGUGGGCGGGGGAGGGGACUUCCAAACUGGUAGUACUGUUGCUGUUGUUAACAAGAUGUAUCUCUCGCAGUGGAAAAACCAGUUUGAAUUAAAUUCCUAACACACUUCACAAGCAAAAUGUGUUCAGGGAUGUAUGGACUUUUAACCAUGAACCAUGAAAUAAGCUAAUAAUACCAUCCAUAAAUACCAAUGAGUAGACACCAUAAUAUAUCAUCAUGGUUUGAUCACAAUUGCUGAGGUUUUUUUUUUUUAUUUACUUGAAAUUAAUGUAAAUGUGAAUGUUUCAUUGUUGGUGAAAAAUGACUGUGAAAAUAUUAUUUAAACCAACCAUGACUUUGGAUGAAUGCUAGACUGCAAUGUCUGGAGCAUGCUAUUCCCAUGGAAUUUGU